AGAUGUAUGCGUGUCCAAAAAGUACAAUGGUGGAAGAAUGUGAAAAAACAUAAAUGCAGAGUCUGGAUCCCAGAGUUAUUCAUCUUGACCUCCUUGUUCUGAAAAUUCUGCCAAACGCUUUGGAAAUUUUACAAGUGUUCCUGCGAUUCUCUGUUGUCGAGAGUGAUCAACGUAUGAAGUGUUGUGGAUACUCUUAUUCUAGUGCUAAAAAGAUAUUCACAAUAAUUCUUCCCGAGACGUCCAUGAAGCGACCAGAAAAUUCUAAAUCCUCCGGAAAAGAAAAAGACACUCUUCACACUUCUCGAGGACCAAGGGUGUAAGCAGAGUGCGCAUUUUCUUGCCCUUUUACGUGCCUGGUCACCUGUUUGCGGCGCCAGUGUGUCCUGCCCGACAACUGCAGGCUGCCAUGAGAAUCUGAGUCAAAAACGUCGCAUUCAUGAACACUUGCAAACCCGAGUGAACAACUGCGCAGGGAACCUCAUGACUUUACCCGCUGGUCAUGCUGCUUUGACCCGCUGACUUUGACGCUUCUUUUCACCACUGAGAGCGACCAUGGGCGGAGGGAUGGGCGUGGGCGUGAAGGGUGGCUGGCGAAUCAACGUGUUCCUCUUCCUCCUGACGGCGUCGCAGGCUGUCUUGCUACCAUGGGCGCCUCUUAUCCUGCAUGCUACCGGGAUGAAGGCCAGAACGGUGGGCAUGAUGGUCGCCGUCAUCACCCUGGCCGCGAGUGUGGGCGUGGGUGUCAGUUUGUCGGCGAUGAGGCGGACUCAUAGCGGAGCCUUGCGACGCCUCGUGCUGGUGAUGCUGUUGGCGGGCUCCACCAUCCUCCAGAUGUCCUCCGUCGCCCUUCUGCCCUUCAGCUCUGGAAGCAACUACCCUUCGUGCGGCGGGGCUCCGGGAGAACUUUCACAGAUCAUUAAUAACAUUUCGUCUUCAUCACUACCAGUACAAAACGUGCCGGGACCUGUAUCUCUCAGCACUGAUGACUCUUUAGACGUCACCACAAUGGCAGCCAUGAUACCUACUCCGGCCUCGGAAACGACAACCCAAAAGCUCACAACGACCUCAUCCACCAGCACAGUUCACGAGACCACUCUUUCUCACACCCUCGCUUUGAUAGAGACGAACAAACCGAACAGGACGACGCAGUCACAAACGCCAACGCAGAACGUUCCCUUACCAACCACACCAGAAUCAAAACCGACAAACAUAAGCUCGAUUCCUCCACCAUACCAAAAUGGUAGUUCAUUUUCAUCAUCGAGUCAUUCCAACGGUAACAUGCAAGAAGCCAACGUUUCCAGCGACGACACAGCUAGCCCUGGCACGCACGACGAUACAACAAACACAACAGAAAAACAGGAGGAAGAGCUUAGCGAAGCUCCCCCCGAGGUAAUGCAGACCGUGGCCGUGUCACCAGAUGUAGAUGCCCCGCCUAACACGAGUGAAGAGCUGGAUGAGGAUGUAGAAUAUGAAAACCCAUCAAAGGAAAAUUCUGAUAAGGUUUCUGACGAAGAGCAUGUAAUUAAAGAUGGGAAUAAACAACAUGAAGAUGAACAUAAAAACAACGGCAAAAAACAUCACGGAUAUAGACUCCUACAACCGACAAAGCAAUUACAAGAUAACUACGAUAGCAUAUCUAAUCAUGCUUUUCCCAGUGAAUAUGAGGAUUAUUACAAUGAUAACGAGGAUACUCUGGAAAAUCUAGAAAACCCUCGGCUCGGCCUCAUUGGAUCACAAGACCUUCAGUCACAGCAUAUGAAGGUCCUUCAGCCGUUUGGGAAUCGAAACUCGUACAAAGUCCCCGGUGGUACUCACCAGCGUCCUAACGUCUAUGGCAACAAAAAGGAGGAUUCGAUGUGGUCACGUUUUUCAGCAGCCGCGGACAAGACCAAAGGAGGAGAUCCCAUCAACCUUCUGUCUCUCAAGCAGCCCGCCUUGUCUUACCCUCCAAGGAUUCCAACUUACGGACAGUCCAACUCGGACAAUGGCGAACGUACUUUCAUGUCCUACAAUUCACGAUCCCAAAGUCAAAGCGCUCAUCCUCGGAAAUACGACAUUCAUCAUCCGCCAUACCCAGACACCGGAGCUCUCGGCUCUGACGACUAUUCAGAGGGAUUUCAGUAUCCACUCGGCAGAACCAAUACCGACUGGAGAAGCCAGACGAGUCGCCAUAAGCGGGCCGUAAGUCGCAAGAAGCAUUCGAAAGCUGAAGUCCCUCCGGAAUCUAAGGGCCAUGAUACUGCCACAAACACUGAUGAUCACACAAAAACGUCUGAUCCGAUUGUGGCCAUGAGCGACCAGAACCUCAUGGGCAUAAAAGUAGGCGUGACCUUCCUCUUAGUCUUCGGUGCUCUGCUCGGGUCGGGCGUGGAGGCAGCCGUGGCACAGCUUUGGCACUGCUACGCCCACGGCUACGAUGAAGGCGGAGUGAGCCAGGACAUCUUGCAGCGCACCAUCACGCACACUUUUCACCUGAGCGUCUAUGCCAAUCACAACCUCUGGGCUAAACUCACCUCCGGGGCGUGGGUUCUGGGCGCUGGAGUCAUAUCCAUCACUGCGUGUGCUGUGGGCGUGGGCAUAGGCGCAUUCGGAGGUUUGGCGGGAAUGCACUUGGCGUUGGGGGCGUGCACAGUGUUGAUGGUGCUGGUGAUUCCUGUUCCGUACGGAUCAGUGGACCCCCCCAAAACCCGUCGCCCCCUCUCCCUCUACCUGGACGACGAGGUGCUUCGCGAGGGGCUGCGCCGCAUGUCCUUCCACGCGUGGGUCUUUGUCACCGGCAGCUUGGCGGCGCUGACGCUCACCUUCGGCCUCUGGCUCAUCCAGGAAAUCACGGGCUCACAGGGCUCCAGGCUGGCAGCGCAGACGGGGGCCGUGGCGGCGACGCUGGUGGCGGAAGGCCUCGCCCUCCACACCCAGCGGUGGUUGAUGGCUCACAUCGGCCUCCAGGGCACCAUGAGCAUGUGCGGGUUGGCCAUCUUGCUGAACUUCGCCAUCAUGUGGGGGUCCUCGGGCGUGAGCGGCGUGGUGGCGGCGCACGUGGGCUUGGGGAGCGGCAUGGCCCUCAUGUGGGUGGCCAUCAAACACAACGCGCUGCUCCUCGCCACCGUCGGUGAUCAAGAGCGCGAAGCAUGGGCGUCGUGGUGGUGCUGGCGCGUGGGCGUGGGCGUCGGGUCCGCGGUAUGGGGGCUGUGUGUGGAAGGCGCAGGAGGCUCAGUGCGGCCCCUCCUGAUGGUCGCCACGCUCUUGGCAAGCAUCGUGGCCAUCGUCGUGGGCACCGUCGCUCUCUUCACCAGACGGCACUGGCGGGCGAGGCGGCGCGUGUACCACACUCUCGACUUGGACAUGGCGGACGACGACGAAGACGAGGCCGCGGAGGACGACUGGUUGGUCAGGAGUGCCCGGAAAGAAGGUAUCGCUCUCUGAAGGACUCCACGAACUGUGACUGGAGUGAUGAGUGAUUCUCAGAGCAUAAUCUAAAUGAUUGAUAACUUAAUUAAUAGGAUCCCCUGCAUAAUUCUGAAGGCAGAUGACAAAGCGUUUACCACUCUUCCUUUAUAGAUUGGCACUGAAUGCGUUAAGAGAAGAAACGUUUGGGGGAGAAAGUGCAGUUUGUAAAGUGUAACUGAAAAGAUGACGUGAAUCCUUAGUAAUAUAUUCCGGACCUACUGCCCUACAACUUAUUCAAAGGAAACCAGAAUGUUGUGGACUCUUCGCAAGCCGCCGCAAAAGGUUCUGCGCGCGCGUGGUCUACAGUGAGUAAUUAGUGAGAAGAGUGAGAGGAACAAGGAGAUAAGCGACACAGUAUAGGUGGACAAACAAGAAUAAUUUCCCUACAUAACGAUCUUGCAUUGGCGAACUUACUACCCGUCACUCAGCUACGAUAAUCAUUUGGCAAGCUAAAGUAGGCAGUUUGGAAUUAUGCUGUUCACAUAUCAGCCCAAUGUUAUCAUCGAUUAUUGUAUUAUAUUGUUAUUUAAGUAUAUAAGGUUUAAAUUACAUUUCCAUCGCACUCUUUUAGUUUUGAAUCAGAUGUAGAGUCAAAAUGCCAAAACAAACAUCGAAAUAUGAUAGAAUUAAUGAAAAAAAUAAAGCUGCAAUUGUUAAAGGGUUGAAUGCAUUUAAAUGACUUGUAAAUUGUAAAUGACAAUAGGAGUAACCAUAUUCUUGCACAGGAUAAAAGGAGUUUGCGGGCACAUUCAUUUCACCAUCUUAUGUAAAUGUCUGACUUUUGAGAUUUGAAAAGAAAUGAAUUAAUUCCCACUACCGCGAUAUACUCUUUCUUAACCGGCCAUGACUUGUAUUACAUGACAGUAUAUAUAAACAAAACUUUAGGAAAUUGUACUUACUGUGUAUGAGUUAUUUAUUUCUGAGAAGAAAAGCUUUUGAUAACAGAAAAUAAAGAAAAUUCUAUAAAUACA